AACAUAAUAAAGAGGAGCAGGAAAGAGGUUAUUAAUAAUACCCAGGAAAAAUCCAUGGCCCCGCACAAGCUAGACGAGUCAGAUAACUGAGCAGUUAGAAGUGUGCUAAGCCAAAGGAGGAGGAGUGGGGAGCUGAGAACACUCUUCUACUGGACUGCCAAUCGCCUGCUAUUAGACCCUAGAGAAAUGCAUCGAAAGCCAAGCUAUCUCAAAUGGGUCUAUUCUAUUUUCCUCUUUGCCACGCUGGAACAUGGCUAUUCCUCCUCCAGCCAAAUAACAGUGGAUCCUCCUCAUAAUUUGAAGAUUGUGGAUCCUGGCUUUUUAGGUCACCUGAAUUUGCAAUGGCAGCCCCCUCUGACAUUGGGCAUGUUCCAGCACUGUACGGUACAAUAUGAAUUAAGAUACCGGAACAUUGAGAGUGAAGACUGGGAGACCAUCAUUACUAAGAAGUUAAAUUAUGAAGAUGGCUUUGACCUCAACCAGGGAGUUGAAGCAAAAAUCCAAACGCUCCUGACGGGCCAUUGUACAAAUGGAUCGGAUGUUCACAGCAAAUGGACACAGACUUCUUUCUGGAUUCCCUUACAAGGAGAGCCAGAGACCAAAAUCCAGGAAAUGCAGUGUAUCUAUUAUAACUGGAAAUCUCUCCAAUGCACUUGGAAACCAGGAGAAAAAAUUCCUGAAGGGGCAAAUUACAACUUGUAUUAUUGGUAUGAGGGCCUAGACCAUGCUCUACAGUGUGCUGACUACAUAGAAGCUAAUGGGAGACAUAUUGGAUGCCGGUUUCCAAGUGUGGAGCUUGCAGAGUAUCAAGAUUUCAACAUCUGUGUCAAUGGAUCUUCAUUAGCCCUUCCCUUGAGGGCCAGUUAUUUUUCUUUUCAACUUCAAAAUAUAGUGAAACCUUCUCCCCCUGAACAGCUAAAUCUGACUCAGAGGAAACGUGAAGAGCUUCACCUGGAAUGGAAGUCCCCUGAGGGACCCAUCCCCUCUCAGUGCCUGACAUAUGAAGUUCAGUUCCAAGAAGAUGACGCUUCCUGGGUGUCCAGAUCAACAGAAAAAGAAGUAAUCACCCUGCAAAAAUCGAAUGGAAGUAGAAGAUUCUGCGUCUCUGUCAGAGACAAAGUGAAUAUUUACUGUGCCAUUGAAGGUUUUUGGAGUGAAUGGAGCUCCAAGCAGUGCUUAGACGAGCAACAAGAAGAAGAGAGGUGGCUUCUCUUUACCAUCGUCCCAAUCACUUUAGUCAUGCUAAAUGCCAUCCUGAUAGCUUUGUUGUUUAUACAAAAACAGAGAGCCUAUUUGAAGCAGGUUCUUGGCAAAAAGGAAAUCCAUUUGUACCAAGAGGCAAUCUGCUGAUGAGCCAUUUUCCUUCCAGUCACACGUCCAGCUGGCUGCCCCUUUCAUAGCAGGAAGAGAGAUUAAACCUUAUUUGUUGAGCACCCUGAGGAGUCUUCUGGCGCCCUGUUUCCCAUGGGAUCACCUCUGAGAGCAGCCAUGGCAUUUUUCAAAUGACUUUAGAAUACGCACUCACAUAUGUACAUGUGUGUGUAUAUACACAUACAUAUACAUAUAUUUGGAAGGGUUUGCUUAUGGAAGAAAAAAUCAUCAUGUGUUGUAAGCUUUCUAGUUCCUACUAAUAAGUCUGCUUCUUCUGAAUCUUUAAUGUUGCACAAUAGAAAGCCCAGGGACAAGUCUGUUUUUAUUUUUAAAUGAUCUGUUCUCAGAAAUAUGUGAUUUCCUAACUUGUACAAAGCUGAGCCACACAGACUUUGCCAAAUCCUAAUGAGUUUCAAGUUCGUUAAAACUUGCCCUUUACGUUAGUUACUGGAUUGUGCAUCACAUUGUUUGGAUGAAAAUUUAUCUGCAGGCGUGAUGGAGUGACAAGGAUCUUAUUGUAGAUGCCCGUCCUCAUUCUCUCAUUCUUCAGAUCCUGGUGCCUCAGAUCUCAGGAUAAGGAAAAGUAUUUGUGUGUGAGUGGGAGGGGGCGCAUGGAGGAAAUGGAAGACAUGAGAUGACACAGAAGUCAACUUGGAGAACUCUGCAGAGAAAGCUCAGGAGGUUCCUAUACUUGCUGGUAGCUCUUUCCGUGUUCAGACUGGGUGAUAAAGAGGCCUGGAGUCAAAAGGAAUUAGACAGGAAAUUAGCAAGGGGAUAUUAAAAAAGGACAUUCAACUCAACAUUGCUCAACAGAGCAAUCCCAUCCUGAAGAGAAUCGUCAUUCACAUGUGGCCACUUCCUUGCAAACUUCAAGAAUUAUUGAUGGCAACUGUCAACACCUGGGAUGGGGGUGGGGAUAGGGGUGGAAGGUGCUUUGAGAGCUGGUCAAAUCCAUAUGGCUAGGGUUUGGGACAGAAGAGUUGACAGGUGGAAAGAAUCCACAAGAUAUGGUUGUAAACUAAGUCCCAGCCAACAACACUGUGCCUUCUUCCAGCA